CGGACUUACGUGUAUGUAGACGACAUCAACAGGAUUCUUUAAUUUCAUUACAAACAAUUACACGGAUGUCACCUAGAAACACUUGGGAAAUCAUUGUCUUUCAUUCACAAGACAUAUUAUUCCCAUUUUAAGUCAGCAUAUACCCUUUGUUUGUUUUGACUUUUGCGAUGAUCAAGAGGUGAAGCUAUACAAACCUCCCUUUUACCACAACGAUAACGGAUUAGUCGUCGAAUAUGCCGGAAAAACCAUUACAAGCAGCGCGAAUAGUGUCGAGUGUUGCAGCAACAUGCAUUGCAUUGGCAUGUGGAACGAACUAUGCUUUCUCCAAUUGGGGUCCGCAAUUCGCCGAUAGAUUGAAGUUAUCUUCGACACAGAUUAAUCUGAUAGUAAGUUUACAGCGUGCCGGCCAUUCACUGUUGAUAUCAUGCUAAUGAUAUAAAUAGGGACUGUUCGGGAAUCUGGGAAUGUAUUCAUGUGGGAUACCAAUUGGGUUAUUGGUAGAUGGAAAGGGACCUCGACCUGCUGUAAUAUUGGGAAUGCUGUUGCUCGCCGCCGGAUACUUUCCUUUAUAUCAAGCAUAUAAUAAAGGAUCCGGAUGGCUACCGCUACUAUGUCUCUAUUCAUUCUUUAGUGGACUCGGGGGUUGUUCUGCUUUCGCAGCUUCCAUUAAAACUUCAGCUCUUAAUUGGCCACAUAACAGAGGCACCGCGACAGCCUUUCCUCUAGCGACUUUCGGACUCAGUGCAUUUUUCUUUUCGGCCUUUACUGCAUUUACAUUUCCAGGGGAUGCGGGCCAUUUUUUGUUAGUUCUAGCUUGUGGAACAAGUGGAACAGUCUUUCUAGGAUUCUUCUUUCUUCGGGUUAUACCGCAUGCUCAUUACUCGGCCCUGCCCGGUCACAAUCGAUCCGAUUCAAAUCGGCUUCAUCGCACAAAAUCGGAGGAAAAUAAGCGACGGGAAGAUAGAGAUACUUUGGAGGGUGAACCUGGUACGUUCUCCCAAUCCUUUGCGUCUUCGGGCAAUCACCAUAUCCUAAACCAUCAUGUGAUAGGGGCAGAGGUACCUGAGAACGGCGUUAUGUCCGAAAUUGACGAAACGUCCUCCUUGAUGUCAAAAUCAACCGAUGAAGAAUCAAGAGAAACUGUAGCCGAAACUGACAAGAAGGAUCAUGCUCAUCGUGUAGAUAUUCGAGGAUUUCAAUUAUUCAAAACAAUCGAAUUUUGGCAAUUGUUUGCUUUGAUGGGCAUUUUGACAGGUAUUGGAUUGAUGACUAUUAAGUAAGUCUUUCAUUGUACGCAAACUAAAGCCUCGACUAAUCUCCCCCAGUAAUAUCGGAAAUGAUGCUCAAGCACUUUGGCGUCAUUGGGAUGACUCCAUUCCAGAGGAAUUCAUUAUGCACCGUCAAGCGAUGCAUGUAUCCAUCCUUUCCGUUUGUUCAUUCACAGGUCGUCUCCUUUCAGGUACUUUAUACUUUUCCUUCUAAAUCCCCUAUCCACUAACAUCCACAUAGGCGUCGGUUCCGACUUUCUUGUCAAAGUCCUUCGUUGUAGCGGUCUUUGGUGUCUUACACUCGCCUCAAUAAUCUUCUUCAUCGCGCAAAUUGCUGCUCUCAACACCGAAAACCCACAACUCCUCUUCCUUGUAUCUUCAUUCACUGGUCUCGGUUACGGUUUUCUCUUCGGUUGUUUCCCAUCCUUAGUAGCCGAUGCAUUUGGUGUUCAUGGUCUCUCCACAAAUUGGGGCUUCAUGACUCUUUCUCCCGUCAUAUCGGGAUACAUUUUUAACCUCUUCUAUGGCAUAGUCUAUGAUCGUCAUAGUAUCGUGAAAGAUGGUGGUGUAAGAGAAUGUACAGAAGGCUUACAAUGUUAUCGUAGCGCUUAUUUGGUUACGGUUGGAGCAUCAGUGUUAGGUUUACUGGUUAGUUUAUGGUGUAUAAGAUAUACGCAUUUGGAAAGGAUGGAGGAAGCGAGAAAAUUUGAGGCAGAUGAGAGGGAUGAGUAAGGACCUAUUUCUCGGUGUUCUAAGAAAAUAUUAACAACCUGAGAAUGCUAAGGCAACAAGAGAAGUUCUGAUAACAUUAUGGUGUUAUCAUCUUGUCUUGUCUACUGCGACGAGAAAGACAUGUGUAGGACUGGAAUCUGUUUAUUUGAAUAGAUGGUUUUUGGGGAUUAGGAUGGAUAGUUAGCCGGUCAGCUACCAUAUCAAUUCGAAGUUUAGAGGAAAUAACAAGGGGUUUAUGAGGAUUAGGAUGGAUAGGUAGUUAGCCGAUUCGGCUACUUAUAUCAUUUUGAGGUUUAUUAGACAAGGAAAUAACAAGGGGGCUUUUUUUUUCUUUCCAUUCUUUGCACUAUUUUAUUUCUCUUGAAUGCCGGUAAUAUAUAUAAACAUGUAGAUAUAGAGAUGGGAUAGGUAA